AUGGAUAUCGAUAGCCAUCCACAUCCACAUCCACAUGAGAAUGAGGAAGAGCAUGAAGUUGUUUCGAAAAACAAAGGAGAGAAACAACGUUUUGAAGUGAGAAAAUGGACUGCUGUUGCAUUUUGGUCUUGGGACAUUGUUGUUGAAACCUGUGCUAUUUGCAGAAACCAUUUGAUGGAGCCAUGUAUUGAAUGUCAACCAAAUACUCUUAAUAACUCUAGACAAGAGUGUAUUGCAGCUUGGGGGGUAUGUAAUCAUGCAUUCCAUAUGCAUUGUAUUCAAAGAUGGUUAAAAUCAAGACCGGUUUGUCCCUUGGAUAAUAAAGACUGGACUUACCAAAGAUUUGGUGAUUAG